GUCCCGGCUCCUUUCCAUGGUUCCCGGCGUGACUGGAGCCGCCCGCCGCCGCCCCCGCAGCGCGGCGCCGACCGCCGGAACUCUCAUCUCCAUCCGUGGAUCUUGUGUGUGUAUCCAGUAUAAACCGUGUUCCCGUGGCUGUCCAGGCUCGUUCCCCAUCCUCUUGGAGUAGCCAAAUCUUGUAAGGAGGUGGGAGGAUGCAGCCGUGUGCCGGGGGCUGACGCGCGGAGCCGCCGGCCGCGGGGAGCGGGACCCCCGCCGCCCACCCAUGGUCCCGGCUGGCAGCCGGGGCAGCCCCCCGUGAGGAGGGCCACGGGCACAGCCGGGAGCAGAGCACGCUGAGCCCCCACAGCCGCCCCACCAUGACGAGCCUGUUCCGCCGGAGCAGCAGCGGCGGCGGCUCCUCCGCACAGGAGCUCAACAACAGCCGCCCCGCCAGGCAGGUGCGGCGCCUGGAGUUCAACCAGGCCAUGGAGGACUUCAAGACCAUGUUCCCCAACAUGGACUACGACAUCAUUGAGUGCGUCUUGAGAGCCAACAACGGCGCCGUGGACGCCACCAUCGACCAGCUUCUGCAGAUGAACCUGGACGGCAGCGGCUGUGACGACAGCUCGGACUCGGAGGACAGCAUCCCCCCCGAGAUCUUGGAGCGGACCCUGGAGCCGGACAGCUCGGACGAGGAGCCCCCUCCUGUGUAUUCCCCUCCCGCCUACGAGAGCCAGGUCUUGGGCAGCCGCUACCCCGGUGCCCCACCCACGCCCCCGCCCAGGACGGACGCGCCCGGCCCCGGCAGCACCGCGCACUACAGGAACUGGAACCCGCCGCUCCUGGGCAACCUCCCCGAGGACUUCCUGCGCAUCCUGCCCCAGCAGACAGCCAGCACACAGGGCUCCCACAGCUGCCGGCAGCCCGUGCCACGGGGGCUGGGCCCGCGGGGCCAGGGCUCCCUGGAGCAGGAGCGGCGAUGGAAGCAGUACCUGGAGGACGAGCGGAUCGCGCUCUUCCUGCAGAAUGAAGAGUUCAUGAAGGAGCUCCAGAGGAACCGGGAUUUCCUUCUCGCCCUGGAGAGAGAUCGAUUGAAAUAUGAGUCAAAAAAAUCCAAGUCGACCAGUGUUGCUGUCAGCAACGACUUUGGUUUCUCCUCUGUAUUAUCAGAUGUUUGCCUCGCAGGUGACGUAGCUCCCUCUGCAACCAGCGAGGCCGGCGGUGCCGUGUCCGACGAUGCCUUAUUCCGAGACAAACUCAAACACAUGGGAAAAUCCACGCGCAAGAAGCUGUUCGAACUCGCCAGAGCCUUCUCCGAGAAGACGAAGAUGAGGAAAUCAAAAAGAAAACACUUGUUGAAGCACCAGGUGAUGGGGACAGCGGCUUCCACAGCAAAUCUUCUGGAUGACGUGGAGGGACAUGCAUAUGAUGAAGAUUUCCAAGCACGGCGGCAGCAGCUCCGGGAGGAGGAGGAGACGCCGAAGGCAGGGCAGUAAACGGUCCCAGCACUGGGGGUUCUUGCUGGCACAGGACGUGCACGAGGCUUCAGCAGGAGAUGGCUGAAAAAGGAAAAUCCCACCCAACAAAUCACCCAGAUUUUGGCUGUUCCCCCUCUGCUGCUGUACUCCUCAGAAGUACAAGUAUUGAAGUGAGGCACAAAGUUUUCUUACCAGUGGUUUGAAAACAACUUUUCCUAUCCAGGAAAUCAGCCAAAAAGGAAAAAAAAAAAGGAAAAAAAAAAAAGCGGGCAGCUGCUGCGAGUGGCUGCGGAGGAGCCAGGGGAGCUCAGGCUGGGGAGGAGCAGCCCCACCUGCUCUCUUGGUGCAGGAGGAAUGAAAUCAGUCUGAAAUCAGUUGUACUAACGAGGAUGCACUCACACGUGGGGUCUGCUUGGCCGGAGCACUCCUGAACAUAUCUGUAGUGGUCUGAUGUAACUUCACUCUGCGCACACCGGAACAAAAACCACGUGAGAAAGGGAAGCUAACAGCUGUUGUCUAUUAUUGCUAGGAGUAAUGAGCAGAGAUUCAGAUCAGGUAAUAGUCAAAUAAUAUAAAAUGUUUAUAAAGGAAAGGCCUUUUUUUCCUAGGCAUUUCACUUUGAAUUAAACCUUUGCCUUCGGCAUUGCUACAACUGCCUUGAAGUUGGGAAGAUUUGUGCCGCCGUGGGGCAGCACCAAGGGCUGGAUUUCACACCAGUUUAACCCUCACUGAUGGAGCAGGACACAUCCAGCCGGGUCUGGGGUGCUGGGGGUGGUCCUGGAGUCUGGCAGCUCCAGGGAUGCCCCCAGGGAUGCUGUAGGUAAGAGGCAAAGCCUGAGCCAGGGGUUGGCAGGGCUGCUGGAGGUGUUUCCAGCACAGAGACUUUGUACCAGGGCUUGGGGGCACCGCUGCGUUUGGUGUGGGGCAGGAGCAGAGCCCCUGCCUCGUGCCCACAGCACCAGAAUCCUGCAGCUCUCGGAGAUGCUGUCAGGCUAAAAAUAAUUACAUAAACAAAUUCCUUCGCUGUGUAAGUAAUGAGUGAUGAGCGUAAAGUCAGAAUUCGCUCCCGCCAGCACAUUUUCUUCUCCUUUAUCGGCACAGCGUUCCCUGCCAAAUGCAGGAGGUGGCUCUAGACGUGCCUGUUUCACUCUGGCUCCCGCCAACCAGCACAAAUGUUGCAGGAUUGGAGCUGUGAAGGCGGCAGACGAAGAAGCCCCAGCCAUCAGACACUCACGCAAGUGUUUUCCCUGCCUCUCCGUAGGGUUUGGUAACAAAGUCCCCCUUGCAGACGCUGGCUCCCGGCGGGCUCCUCUUCAAUCCCAGCGGAGCCCAUGUGCCUUUGAAGUGGACGCCAAGAGUUCCUCCCCCGCCAGCGCUGCAGCUGCUGCACCUGUUGAGCGCUGCUGUCCCCGCCAGCCGUGGGGAUCGGGGCAUCACUUCACGUUCUCCUGGUUCCUGGCCAGGGGCAGGGCUGCUUCCAGGUGUCUGGGGCCGCUUCCAGGUGUCUGCAGGGUCUGGGUGAUGUCUCCAUAGCACAAAACUCUCCUGCAGCACCAGCGCUCAGAUGAGUUCCGGGGUGCCGAGGGCCAGGGCAGGAUGCAGCAGGCUGGGAGCACCCUGGGAUGCCAGCAAGCUUUGGGUUCCUAAAAUCAGAGCAGCAGAAUUGCCACCCCGGCCAGCCCACACCAGUGUCGGUGUCCUCUCCUUUGCUUUUGAAGGACUGAAGAGCAGAUCCUGAGUCGUGGCAGCACAGUGACAGGUUUGGGCCAGCCCAAGCCACACUGGCUGUCCCACAGCAUGCCCAGGCUGCUCUGCCCUGCCCAGGGAAGGAUGUGGGUCUGGAGGAACACCUGGCUCAGGGUCCAAGGGGCUGUGGGUGAAUCAGGGAAUGGAAAAACCUCUAAUCCCAGUGUGGGACUUCAAUUCUGAGAGUGCUGAAGAGAAGGAGGGGCUGCUUCCCUACCCUCUGAUGGCGCUGGGGGCUGAAGGAGGCUGCUGUUACUCCUUCCCAGUCCAAAGCAGCUCUGCAUAUUUGGAAGAAAAUCAAACUUGGAAGCAGAUCAGCUUGUCACCAUUCCAGCGCCUCUUAGCUACCGAGGGCUUCAGUCCCAGCAAAGUUUCCAUGAGCGCAGGAAGCACCAAGGGGCGGGAAGGGAAUUCUGUCCCAGAGCAGGAGGUGCUGGCAGGAGGGCUGGGCUGGCCCGUUCAGGGUUCAGGGAUGGGCUGAGCUUUCCUGAGGCUGGCACAGGGCCACAGGUGAGUCCAGCUGCACUGCUGGCUUCAGGGCAAAGAGGGGGACCCUGCCCCUCCCAGGCUGCUCCUUAGGGGACACGUCCCGAGUCACCUCUGUAAGCCAGCCAAGGCUUGUGGUGGAGCAGUCCCGGGCCAGCAGCUGCCUCUGCUUUCUGAACACAUCCCCGAGGUGUCUGGCACCCUCUGCUCCCACUGAGAAAGGGACAGCAAGGAAAGGUGGCCAGGGGCCAUGAGCUGGGGAGGGGACAGGUGGGUGCCAGUGCCCAGCCCCACUGGCUCUGACCCUGCACCAAAAACACCGUGGCCACCACAGGGCCCUGGGCACGGCUUGGCCACCACCCCCACCCAACAAGUUGCCCUGGAACAUCCCAGGCCCAGCACAGCCUCUGGCUGAUGUCACUCUGUAGCCGUGGCAAAAUAUCUUGGAGGCACAAAACAUCAUUUUAAUGGAGAGGGGUUGUUUUUGUGUCCUGUAAAACACAAAAAGUCAGGUCUAAGGAGUGGAAAGGCCACAAACCCGGUUGGGAGCCAAAAUGCAUUUCUAACAUAAUAAUGUACAAUUCUCAGUGAUGUUUGUAUCAUUUCUCUACAAAAAAGUUUCAAAAGAACAAAACAAAUUAUCUGUGACGUCUGUGAGUGUGGUUAUUUUAGAAUUUAUUUCCGUAAGUGAUCUUUUUUCUUAAAGAUGUUUAAUAGUAAUUCCUAUAAUAAAGUCCUGUUGUACUCUAAACACUA